AUGUCUUGCUUAAACAUUGCCAAAGUGGUUAGUGCUGAAAGGAAGGAAUGCACUUUUGAUGGGAGUGUGGAUCGACAUGGUCGCCCUGCUGUUCGUGAAGGCACUGGAAAAUGGUUUGCUGGUAAUUUAUUACUCGUGAACCAAGGACUAGCCACACUGGCAUUCUUUGGCGUUGGAGUAAACCUGGUCCUGUUUCUGACUCGAGUGAUGGGCCAAAAUAAUGCUGAUGCAGCAAAUAAUGUGAGCAAAUGGACAGGAACUGUCUAUGUCUUCUCUCUUCUUGGAGCCUUCCUCAGUGACGCCUACUGGGGUCGACACAAGUCCUGUGCAGUCUUUCAAGCCAUCUUUGUCGUUGGCUUAGUGUCAUUAUCAAUAUCAUCAAAUAUUUUCUUAGUAAAGCCCAGUGGCUGUGGGAAUGAACAAACUCCCUGCGGAUCCCACUCAACUCUCCAGGUUGCACUAUUUUACGUGUCAAUAUACCUCGUCGCCCUUGGAUAUGGGGGGUAUCAACCAAAUAUUGCAACUUUUGGAGCCGACCAAUUUGAUGAAGAUCAUCCUAAAGAAAGCCACUCAAAAGUUGCUUUCUUUAGUUACUUCUACUUGGCCUUAAAUCUGGGAUCUCUGUUCUCCAACACUGUUCUUGGCUAUUUUGAGGAUGAAGGAAAGUGGGCUAUAGGAUUUUGGGCAUCAGCUGGGUCGGCUCUACUUGGAUUGCUAUUGUUUCUUGUAGGCACACCUAGAUAUAGGCAUUUCAUGGCACAGGGUAAUCCACUUUCAAGAUUUUGUCAAGUGGUCGUUGCUUCAGCUAAGAAAUGGAAGGUCAAAAUUCCGGAUGAUUCAGAUGAAUUAUACGAAGUAGAGGGGAAGAAAGAAGCAGACAAUGCAGAUAGAAAGCUACUCCAUACUGAAGGAUUCAGAUUUUUGGAUAGAGCAGCUGUAAUAACAUCGAAGGAUUUUGAAGAGGAUGAUAUUUGCAAUCCAUGGCGCCUUACCACCGUGACUAAAGUAGAAGAAGUUAAAUGCAUCUUAAGGCUUCUUCCUAUAUGGUUAUGCACAAUUCUAUACUCUGUUGUCUUUACUCAGAUGGCCUCCCUCUUUGUAGAACAGGGUGCUGCCAUGAGGACAACAGUUUCAGGCUUUCAUAUCCCACCAGCAAGCAUGUCUAGCUUCGAUAUUCUGAGUGUAGCGGCAUUCAUAUUCAUAUACAGGCGAGUUCUUGAUCCCCUUGUUGCCAGGCUAAGAAAGAAGUACAACCCUGGAGGGCUAACCGAGCUUCAGAGGAUGGGAAUUGGACUCAUCAUAGCCAUAAUGGCAAUGGUUGCAGCUGGAAUUGUUGAGCAUUUCAGGCUGAAACAUAGGCUUACUAAUUGUUCAGAUUGUGACAAUUCAAGUUCUUUAAGCAUUUUCUGGCAAGUCCCACAAUAUGUACUGAUUGGAGCAUCAGAAGUUUUCAUGUAUGUUGGACAACUGGAAUUCUUUAACGGGCAGGCACCUGAUGGUUUGAAGAGCUUUGGCAGUGCACUUUGUAUGACAUCUAUAUCAUUGGGAAACUAUGUUAGCAGUUUACUAGUGACCAUGGUCAUGAAAAUUUCCACUAGUGAUGAAAUGCCAGGAUGGAUUCCUGGAAAUCUCAACAAGGGUCACCUGGACAGAUUUUACUUCCUUUUAGCAGCAUUGACAUCAGCUGAUUUUGUGGUCUACCUGGUCUGUGCCAAAUGGUACAAGUAUGUUCAAUUUGAAAGAAGAAAUUUGAACAAUGACGAAAACCAAGCAGACAUGAAAGUCUAGCUAACCUUUUUGGAACAUCAUUCCUACGAGAUUUCAACAAGGAUUGGGAUGAUCUGGAUUGCAUCUCAGUUCUUGGACUCAGACUGAGGCACACCCGGCUUGUCCAGCAACAUGGCUUAUCAGAAAAAGUGCUUUUGCAGGUGGAUCAGUUUGUAUCAAAAAUAAGUACCCAGAUGGAAUAAUGGCAUGCAGAAUGAUUUGUUGCAAUGAAACUGGAGGUAGCAUAUCUUGCAACUGCAGCAUCUCUAGGCAGAGCAACUAAUUGUUUUCUUGUACCAGCUGAAUUACAUGUGUACUCGGAAUUGACUUGUCUAAACGAUGUAAUAUAUAGCUUGCCUAUCUUGAAAUC